UGGGGCUGGAUGUAGAGAACAAGAUGGAGUCACUCAUGUCAAGCAGGGAUGUAAGCAGCCAGGGGUGUUGCCUCUCUAAGACCAGACAUCACCGAAAACCAGCACAGGCUGAGGACACACCCAGAACUGAGAACAAGCAGAGCCAGAGGUCUGCCAAGGUCCAAGACUGAUUAAAUCCCUUGAAAAGGGGAGGAUUUUUGUAGCAAACUGGCAGACUUUUCAGACGCCCAUCCUUUUGUGUCUGAUCACAUUGGAAAAGCAACUGCCCAUGGCAAGACCUUUAUCUGGGACAUUAGGCUGCCAUCCGGACAGUGGGCUUUCUCAAAUAGAUUUUAUGCCUGCUUCAACAGCUUGUCACUCAACUUACUGGACAGCCGUGAGUUUAGGUCUGAUCCGGGCUCUGAAACACAGAGCUGGGAAGAGGGGAUGUAAUCAGCUCUCACCUCUCUUUCCUCUACUUCCUCUCCAUAUGGCUGCUUUCAACUACACAAAACCAUGAGAUAAAGGGGCGAGAAGCUAUUUUAACUUAGUGCUGUCUGCAAAUCUUUCUUGGCUGUCCAACAGAGUUGUCUCCUCCAACAUGGGGGAUGUCCAAACAAAAACUAUUCUUUUCUCUCCUAGAAUGCUGUGGUGGUUAACUUUAUGUGUCCACUGUGCGUGGAAAUUUGGUCAAACAUUAUUCUAGACGUUUCUGUGAAGGUUUUUUUGGGAUGAGAUGAACAUUUAAAUCUGUGAACUCUGAAUAAAGCUGAUUACCUUCCACAGUAUGGGGAGGACCCAUUCAACCAGUUGAAGGCUUUAAUAAAACAAAGACUGACAUCCUCUGAGCAAGAAGGGAUUCCGCCAGCUGACUGCCUUUGGACUCCUCCCUGAGUCUUCAGCCUACUGGCCUACCUCAUCCAAGUUUGGAUAUGUCAAGUCUCCACAAUCAUUUGUGAGCCAAUUUCUUAAGACAAAUUUCUCUCUCUGCAUACACAUAUCCUGUUGUUUCUGUUUCUUUGGAGAAUCCUAACUAAUACAGAUGCUUUUGCCAGUUUUUCAGAGACCUUCACUGAGAAUCUUCACCAUGCCCCAUUAUGACCCUAAGUACCACUGCAGGGGUCCUAUUUCUAGUAGGUUUCUGCUGAGGACCCUUUUGCCACCAAACAGCCCUGUUAGGCAAGGUUGUCAGGACUAAUGCUGCAAUCCUCCAACUAGGCCAGAGGGGACAGAAACCCUGUCCUUCCACGUAGGGACGUGCAGCCCUUUCUCCUCACUCUACCAUCCAGACAGCUUCAGUGUCUGGUCAUCAGACUUCUUCAGACACUAUUUGGGCACAGGUUUUAUGCACCCAGGCCCUUGGGGACACACUGGCAAGUUCUGUCCCAUGUUGGCUCCAAAGCAGGGUGGGGAGGCUCACUUGAGCUAAACUUUAGAAAUGACUUUAAGACUUCUCAAGGUCACCAGCCAGACAGCAUGUGGGAAAGGUUUCCCAGGUGGUGUGGUGACGCCAUUGAAAAGGCGACUGUCUACUGUGAAGGUGAUUUCUCUGCAUAUAAAAAGGAACCAGUUCAGUUUGGCAGUAAAAACGUGAGCUUUGGAGUUAGGUGGAUCUAGCCUGACCUCACCUAUCAGUGAGCAAUAGGUGAGGCAUGAAAAAAAACAGCGAAAACAGCACCUCCGAUACUGGCUGGUUGGGUUGUAAAUUAGAGGCUAAAACGUUUGCAAGGUUCCCAGGCACCCAGUAGGUACUUCAUUCGCGGACAGCCACUGCACUAAAACUAGACCAAGAACAGAAGGAAACGCGUUCCGGUGCACCAGCGGGCACUGAGCGGGAAUGCUGCACCGCGGGUUCACCAGCUCCACCCGCUCCCUAAGCCCAGCGGAGGAGUACCGCCGCAGCGGCAGCGAAUCACGCAGCGGCAGCGAAUCACGCAGCGGCCUUUAGAUGGGGGCGGGACUUCCUAUCUCAGGGGCGCGCGCGUGCGUGAAUGCGAGCCCUGCCCCGGAACUGCGGUCGACGCUGCGGCUGAGGGACUUCGGAGGAGGUGUGCGCGGCGGUUGGCCGGCGUGUGAGGGGGCCGUGACGGCGUCUCCAUGCGCAACCAUGAAGUUGCAGGAGACAAAAUCAAAGCCAAAGGCACCAAGCUUUGGCAGAUUUCAGACAAAGGGAAUCAAAGUUGUGGGAAAAUGGAAGCAGGUGGAGAUUGACCCAAAUAUGUUUGCAGAUGGACAGAUGGAUGACUUGGUGUGCUUUGAGGAACUGACGGAUUACCAGUUGGUCUCCCCUGCCAAGAAUUCCUCCAGCCUCUUCUCAAAGGAGGAGCCCAAGAAGAGAAAGGCACAAAGUGUUUCAGGAAAGGAAGAAGGAGAGUCCAGCUCCUCAAAGAAAAGGAUGAAGUUGAAGAAGAAUAAAGACAUGGAAACUGAAGGAAUCAGUGCCCAGGAGGAGUUUGAAGUCAAAGAUGCUGAACCAGAGCCUCAGGGAGAUGGCACAGUUUGUCCUAAUCCACAGGUAGAGGAGAUGGUAUCAGAAAGCUCAGCCCAGACUGUUCCAAAAAAGAAAAAAAAGAAAGGGAAAAAAAAAUUGGAGCCUUCCCAGGGUACUACUCCAAAAGUGCCCAAGAAAGCAAAGACAUGGGUGCCUGAAAUGCAUGACCAGAAGGCAGAUGUAACAGCAUGGAAAGAUCUAUUUGUACCCAAGCCAGUUCUCCGAGCACUCAGCUUUCUAGGCUUCUCUGCACCCACACCAAUCCAAGCUCUCACCUUGGCACCUGCCAUCCGUGACAAACUGGACAUCCUUGGGGCUGCUGAGACAGGAAGUGGAAAAACUCUUGCCUUUGCCAUUCCAAUGAUCCAUGCAGUGCUCCAGUGGCAGAUGAAGAAGAAGCCUACUCCAGCUCCAAGUGACACAGGAGCAGUAUCUGGUGAGACUAGAACUGAGGCGACAACUGAGUCUGGAGUUCUGCCUGAUGAGAUUGGAGUUAAGGGUGAAGUCCUGCCCAGUGAAGCUGGAGUGAAGGCUACAGCACCACCCAGCAAGGUCAAGUCCGGAGCUGCUGUCCCUGACCAGGUGCUGCCCUUCUGUGAUGGUGAUGCUGGUGAAGGACCUUCUUCUCUGGUGAGGGAGAAGGCCAUCCCCAAACAGGAUGAAGACAAAGAGGAAAAGCUUGAUGAAGAGGAGACUGGAAGGUUGAAGCAAGAGUUGGAUGGCAAAAUUGCCACCUGUAAAGCACAUCCAAAGCGCCCUCUGCUUGGGCUGGUUCUGACUCCCACUAGGGAGCUUGCUGUCCAGGUCAAGCAACACAUUGAUGCUGUGGCCAAGUUUACAGGAAUUAAAACUGCUAUUUUGGUUGGUGGAAUGUCAGCGCAGAAACAGCAGAGGAUGCUAAACCGCCAGCCAGAGAUUGUGGUUGCCACUCCGGGCCGGCUGUGGGAGCUAAUUAAAGAAAAGCACCCUCAUUUGAGCAACCUUAGGCAGCUCAGGUGUCUGGUGGUCGAUGAGGCUGAUCGGAUGGUUGAGAAAGGCCACUUUGCUGAGCUCUCUCAGCUGCUAGAGAUGCUCAGUGACUCCCAGUACAACCCAAAGAGACAGACGCUUAUUUUUUCUGCCACACUGACCCUGGUACAUCAAGCUCCUGCUCGAAUCCUUCAUAAGAAGCAUAUAAAGAAAAUUGACAAAACUGCCAAACUUGACCUCCUCGUGCAGAAGAUUGGCAUGAGGGGCAAGCCCAAAGUCAUUGACCUGACUAGAAAUGAGGCCACAGUGGAGACACUGACAGAGACCAAGAUUCAUUGUGAGACGGAUGAGAAAGACUUAUAUCUGUAUUACUUUCUGAUGCAGUAUCCAGGCCGCACCUUAGUGUUCGCCAACAGUAUCUCCUGUAUCAAACGCCUCUCUGGGCUCCUCAAAGUCCUGGAUAUCAUGCCACUGACCCUACAUGCCUGCAUGCACCAGAAGCAGAGGCUCAGAAACCUGGAGCAGUUUGCCCGUCUGGAAGAUUGUGUCCUCCUGGCAACAGAUGUCGCAGCUCGGGGCCUGGAUAUUCCUAAAGUCCAGCAUGUCAUCCAUUACCAGGUCCCGCGCACCUCAGAGAUCUAUGUCCACCGAAGUGGUCGAACGGCUCGUGCCACUAAUGAAGGCCUCAGCCUGAUGCUGAUUGGGCCUGAGGAUGUGAUCAACUUUAAGAAGAUUUACAAAACCCUCAAGAAAGAUGAGGACAUCCCACUGUUUCCUGUGCAGACUAAGUACAUGGACGCAGUCAAGGAACGAAUCCAUUUAGCUCGACAGAUUGAGAAGGCCGAAUAUCGGAACUUCCAGGCUUGUCUGCACAACUCUUGGAUUGAACAGGCAGCAGCCGCCCUUGAGAUUGAGCUGGAAGAAGAGAUGUAUAAGGGAAGAAAAUCUGACCAACAAGAAGAGCGUAGGAGACAAAAGCAGAUGAAGGUCCUGAAGAAGGAGCUGCGCCAUUUACUCUCCCAGCCCUUGUUCAAAGAGGACCUGAAAACGAAGUAUCCAACUCAGUCUGGCAAGCUGCCCACACUCAUGGCUACCCCAAGAAAUGGUGAGUCUGCUUUGAGCUGCCUCGCCAAACAGAAGAAGAAGAAGAAGAAGAAGCCGCCGCCAAAAGAGCAGCAGCAGGAACAACCUCAGCCAAGUACAAGUGCAGAUUAACUAGAUUAACUGCCCUCCAGGUCAGUCUAUUAGUGACGGCACAUUGUUUCUCUUCUCUGGUUUUGUGGAUAAUCUUCCCACUUUGCCUUUCACGCCACUGUCAACCCCGGUUACAAAAAUCCUCUUCCAUACCAGCCCCCAUUGCAAGAGAGACCUCAUGCACAUUUGUGUUUUGGAGAAAGAAUUCUGUGCAGCAGCUUAUAUCUUUCUGUAUUCCAGUGUGUAUAGGCUUCUUGUACGUUCAGCUUGUUUUUGUUAAUUAAAAAUAGUCAGAACCA